AAUCCGCAGCCCAAGGAUGAAGCAGUGAAUGGAAAGAAGGAUUUAACUGGGAUCAACAAGUGGGAUCUCUGCACGCCUCGUCCUUCCCUUCCCUCCCCGCUCCAGCGCGCAGCCCUCCACUAACUUGUUGCUGGACAGAAAACUUCCUCCCGGCUUGCGGACCUCUCAUCCGACUCCUCGCAAGGGAAUACCGCAGUCACCGGCGAUGCUGCCCGGCCCGAGCGCCGCCCUGGCCGUCUGCGCCCUUCAGGGGCUGCUGCUGGUGCACGGUCUGGCUGAGGAAGAAUCUUUUGAGAAACCAACGCUAAGCAUUGCCAAAGACCACAUUGUCAUCCUACCAGGAGACACCCUAAAGAUAAAAUGCAGGGGAGCACCUUCCGUAAGCUGGCUGUUGAGGGGGGACCAGAAGGAAGACCCUCGGGUGCACAUAAGCAGUUGCCGCAACAGCACGAGGCAAAGCUGCAGCAUGCUUGUGAUGAGGAGAGUCACAGCCAACGACACCGGGUACUUCACCUGCAUCCAUGAUGACUUCCCCAUGGAUGAGGAUCUCAUGGCCAGGAUUUAUGUGUUUGUUAAAGACUACAGAAAUCCAUUUGUGGAGAUUCACCCAGAACAUCCCGAAAUCAUCUACAUUUUAGAUGCUAAGAAAACAGUUGUUGUCCCUUGCCGAGUCACCUCGCCAGAUAUCAAACCCAAGCUCACCCAGUAUCCUUAUUCUGUAGAGAUGAACUUCAAGAGGAUGGUGUGGGACCCAAGAAGAGGAUUUGUCAUCCCCUCUCAUGCUUUCAUUUAUUCUGGUGUCCUCACAUGCACUGCAACAGUGAAUGGAAGCGUGUUCACCUCCUACUACCUAGCACAGAGGUUGGAAGGCAGAGUACAGAACCUGGCCCUGAAAGCAACUCCCAGGAAACUGCUGGUUGGAGAAACUCUCUAUUUGGAAUGCCGAGCAGAAACCUUCAUCAAUGGACGAAUUGAGCUCAUAUGGACAAGUCCCAGUGGGAAACACCCUUAUCCUAGGAGAACCAUCGACCAGAGUGGUAUGGUGAAUAAGGUUGCCAGCAGCCUGACAAUUGAAAAUAUCACUAUGCAAGACGGAGGCCUCUAUGUGUGCAAGACAUUCAACGUGACACGGCUGGAGGCCAAUGUCACAGUUACAGUGUAUGACAAACCUUUCAUUACGGUUUCACAUAAGAAAGGGCCUUACUAUGAGAUUACAUCAGGACACAAGUCACUGAAACUGGCUGCAAAGGUGGAUGCCUUUCCUCGCCCAACCGUCACCUGGUACAAAGAUGGCAAACUGAUCAAGGACAACCACACGUGCUAUGAGCCAGAGCCACUCAAGUACAGACUGGGGAUAAGAGACGUGAGACCAAAGCAUGCUGGAAACUACACCAUUGUCCUGAGCAAUGCAAAGUAUGGCCUCUACAAGAAUCUCACCAUGCAGCUGGUAGUGACAGAGAGGCCCAAAAUCUAUGAAAAGGAAACUGACUUCGAUAAGAUUGAGCGGGUGGAGUUAAGAAGCAAACACAAAAUCCAGUGCACCGUAAGUGGGAAUCCUGAUCCGAAGAUCGAGUGGAAGUGGCAGCCCUGCAGCCUCACAGACACGCUAUGCAUCCCUGAAGGACAAAAAAUGGUGGUUCAUGAGAACAUGGUCGUAGGCAACAAGAUCAGAAGCAUUGAGAACAUAACCCUGAGGCAUGGGGACAAAAGAAAGAUUGUGAGCACACUGACUAUGGAAAACAGCAGUGCAUCAGGAAUCUAUUACUGUGUGGCUUCAAACAAGAUCGGAGAAGAAGAGAGGAGCAUUGAGUUCUAUGUUUCAGAUGUGCCAUUUGGGUUGCAGACAGCCCCACAAGUGACAACCAUCGUGGGGAACGACGUCCAGCUGACCUGCCGGGCCUCCAAGUACAUCUACAGCCACCUGGGCUGGUAUUCCCCCUCCUUGGAGGCAGCUCCCGCUGAAUCACUCAUCAGGAACACCAACAACUAUUCCAUUUCUUUGACACUGGUCAUCACUAAUGUCACCAAGGAACAAAGUGGCCUCUACAGAUGCAGAGCCCAGAACCAGCACAACAGCACUGACACGCUGGAACAGCACACUCAGCUCCUCGUCAGAGCAAAGGCAGCACCGUACGUGAUACAGAACCUCACAGACCUGGAGGUUAACAUCAGUGGCAAGAUCAUUCUGGAGUGCAAAGUUGGUGGGACACCAGAACCUCAGAUCACGUGGAGGAAGAAUGGCUACCCCAUUUCAGCAGCAUCAGGAAUUUCCAUGGAAAAUAAUACCCUGGUCAUUGAGCGAGUGAAAAAGGAUGAUGAAGGGCUCUAUGAAUGCAAAGCAUCCAACGACAUGGGCCAGGACAGCACGUCAGCCUUCAUUAAGAUACAAGGUUCUGAGGAGAAAUCCAACAUUGAAGUUAUCAUUUUGGUCUGCACUGGUCUGGCUGCUACUCUCUUCUGGCUUCUUCUGACUCUCUUCAUUCGGAAGCUGAGAAAACCUGAUGCCACAGACAUUAAAACAGGAUACCUGUCAAUUAUAAUGGAUCCAGAGGAAAUGCCUCUUGAUGAACAGUGCGACCGUCUUCCCUAUGACAGCAGUAAAUGGGAGUUCCCAAGAGACAGACUGCGGCUGGGUAAAACACUGGGUCAUGGUGCUUUUGGGAAGGUGGUGGAAGCGUCUGCUUUUGGCAUUGAUAAAUCUUCAACCUGCAAAACAGUUGCCGUAAAAAUGCUUAAAGAAUGUGCAACUACUAACGAAUGCAAGGCUUUAAUGUCUGAACUGAAGAUCCUCAUCCACAUAGGCCAUCACCUGAAUGUAGUUAACCUGCUGGGAGCUUGCACCAAGGCUGGAGGUCCUUUGAUGGUCAUAGUAGAAUACUGCAAAUAUGGAAAUCUGUCCAACUAUCUCAGAGGGAAACGAGGGGAUUUCAUUGCAUACAAGUCGCAGGAAAACUCUGACCAAGCAGAGAAGAGUCUGGAUGAGUCCAACAGUGAUUUGACUGAACUGAUCAAGAGGCGCCUGGAGAGCGUAGCCAGCACGGGAAGCUCUGCCAGCUCUGGGUUUAUUGAAGAUAAGAGUUACAGCGAUUCAGAAGAUGAUGAAGAAGAUGCUGAGGAUCUGUACAAGAGGCCCCUGACUUUGGAGGACCUGAUCUGCUACAGCUUCCAAGUGGCCAAAGGCAUGGAGUUUCUCGCCUCCCGAAAAUGCAUCCAUCGGGAUUUGGCAGCAAGGAACAUCCUUCUGUCAGAGAACAAUGUGGUUAAAAUCUGUGACUUUGGGCUAGCCAGGGAUAUUUAUAAAGACCCCGACUAUGUGCGGAAAGGAGAUGCCAGGCUCCCACUCAAAUGGAUGGCUCCAGAAGCUAUUUUUGACAAAAUCUACACGACACAGAGUGACGUGUGGUCUUUUGGAGUGCUGCUCUGGGAAAUAUUUUCUCUAGGUGCCUCACCAUACCCUGGAGUGCAGAUAGAUGAGGACUUCUGCCGACGGCUCAAAGAAGGCACCCGGAUGAGAUCUCCAGAGUACUCCACUCCAGAAGUCUACCAGACAAUGCUGGAUUGUUGGCACGGCGUUCCCACUGAGAGACCUACUUUCACAGAGCUUGUGGAGCGCUUAGGAGACCUUCUGCAAGCCAAUGUCCAGCAGGAUGGUAAAGACUACAUCCCACUGAACAUCACCUUGUGUCCUGACGGAGAAUCUAACCCCAAAACUUGCCCUGUGGAAGAAAACUCAAACAACUGUGUUAAUCGCUGGAGUGCAGUGGAAACUGGUAACAACAGCAAGAAGCGACCACUGAGUGUGAAGACGUUUGAUGAGGUGCCAGUGGAAAAGGAGAAAGUGAUGCAUGAGGAGUCGGACAGUGGGAUGGUGUUGACGUCAGAUGAGAUAAAAAGCCCAAAGAGGCUGGAAAUUCGCUCCUGGCCCUACGGGAUCAUGGCUUUGGCGAGGAGAGCUGUCAGCAAGAGCAAAGAAUCCAUUUUAUCUGACCACGAGGCUGUCAAAUACCAGCCAGCAGUGCAGGUAGAAGAGGACACCAUGGACUUCACACUGGAAGACUCUGUUCUCCUCCCUAUGGAUCCAAACCUGGAAUGCCACAGCCCACCUCCAGAUUACAAUUCUGUCGUUCACUACUCGGCCCCUCCAGUGUAACCAGCCCAACUCAGGGCAUCUUGCUCCUCACUCACAUUGGAUUCUUUCCUGCCUCCAUGCCUGGAUAAAGAGGCUGAGUAAAACCAGGAGGGAAAUCUGACAGGACAAUGGUUCAUAUGUUUCUUCAGGCACAUCUCUGAUGUGAAGAGAAACAUUUUAAGAGCAUCUUCUUUCCUAUCUUCAAAGGCCUAUUGCAACAUAUGCAGUAAAUUAACAUUCUAUCAGAAUCAUAAGAGGAGCUGUAACCCAAAACUGCUUCUGCUCCUUCCUGCCCUAGCUGGGACUGCUCACUGGCAUCUGCACAUUUACAAGUUCCUUCAUUCACAUUUUACUCCAUAAGGGUCACCAAGAGUCACAUCAAGCUUGUGGUGAAAACCAGAUUCAUCCUCCUGGUCCUGCAUACUUCCUGCAGGGAUUGUUUUGUAUAAUGGUGUAAAGGAUUGAAGGAAAACAACAGCCAGUUUGGGGAGAAAAUCCAAACCUGAAGCAUCAUCCUUGACUUGAGAUCUCAGCUUCUGGAAAUGUUACUGAAAUAUUUUGAAAUCCCAAAUAUUUUGAUUAUAAUUUGUGAUUUAAUAAUUUCCAUUGCUUAUAGGAUGUAUACCUGAAAAUGCUAUAGCACUGAGAAAGCAGACAGCACUCAUGUAUCAAGAAGGAGACUGGUCUUUUGGGCCACCAGGGAAUACAAUGUGGUUCAAUCUGUUUCCCUGUGUUUUCUCCUUGUUCAUACAGCAAUUUAUUUAGCAUACAUGCAAUAGGGCACCUUGAUGGAGAUGUAUGUGUAAUGAUUGCAAGGCAAAAUCACUGCCUUAAGAAAGAACCUUCUUAAGCUUAAAUGGCCAGAAUUUCCCAAUGCACAUGCAUGUGUCUGUGUGAAUGUGCAUAAGCAUAAAUGCACAGUCACCCUUGGCACCAGCAGGGCAGCAGCGUUUUUGUUUCCUUUCUACACACACACCAUUUACUAAUAAAACAAAUUAAGUUAAAGAAAAAGGGAUUUCCUUUGGAUUCUGUGGCAUAUCCCAACAGCGUGACCCUGGCAAUGCUAGCCCAUGCUAAACUGCAAGCCUUGGUCCCAUGCAGACCCCAUGCAUACUCACAAGUACAUCAAAAGUAAGCAGAUAACCCUUGUCAUUUAAACCACAACACAAAAAAGUUGACUUUAGAAGUCGAGGAAGGGAAGAAGUUUCUAGGUUGCAAGCAAAGAUGGAGAGAUGCUCAUCGACAGUCACAGCUAUAACCUCCUAAGCCAUAAACCCGGAUCUAUGAAUGACUGUACAGUUUCUUCCAAGCUCUUUGCAGCUUUUUGCUUUUCUUCUUAUAUUUGACACUGUUUCAACUUCUUCAGAGAAAAAGAAUUUUUCUUCAUUAUUCCAAAAUACAGGAAAAAAAACCCCAACAACACUUGCAAAACAAUUCUGUUCCCUUGGCAAAGAGAACACUUCUGGAUGAUGGGUUACAGUUGGCUACACUGAAGUAAACACUAACAAGCCUCAGGUAUUAUAAAAAGGGGAAGCAAAUCUCCAAACCCCAUUCCAUGUUAACUGUGAACACUACAGCACCUGAAGCAGGGGUCGUUGGACACUGCACUUCUCCUGCUCCUUACCUUCAGAAAAUGUGUAUUAAGGAAAUCACUUGCAGUAACUCACUUGUUCAUAGUGGACCUGCUCUGUACUUGCUUUAUGGUCGUUUUUGCACUUCUUUGUAUUUCAAUACCUAUAUAUUAGUAGAAGUGGUUGUGUAACAGAAGAAACUACUGGGAAGGAAUUCAUGUGAUGAGCCCCAUUGAGCUCACUGGAUCAGUUUUUCAUCAAGCAGAAACUGAACGAUCUAUAGCUCUGAUCAAAGAAUCAAUCGCUUCCUGUGGGAAUAAUUUAUUCAUAUGGCAAAAAGCAAAGAGGUGCAGACAGUCUGUCUGGCUCUAUUGGUAAUGGCAGUAGUGUGAGAGGGUUUGUUAUUGUGCCUUCUUCUGCAGGAGAAGAAAAUGACGUCUAAAAACCUUCACUUAUAAACUCUAAGUACAUACAGGGAAAAACCCUGCAAGUAUGCUCUGUGUUUGGAAAAGCAAUUGGAGACACUGCUGGGUGAAUGGUCUGCUUCUGAGACCUUAAGAGCAAGUGUCACCUCUCCACUUCAUCAAGGAUGGAAAGUAGAUGCUUCUCCAAGACCAGAAGAACACAGAGCAUGCUUCCUGAAUGGGACCCAAGCACAUGCAGCCAGGGCCCCUUCUGCCUCUCAGCAGCAUGCAUCAGCAUGCUGAGUGAUGACAUGAAAACAGAGCUCAAGGGCUCAGGUUUAACACACUAGUGGCAUUGGCAGACCCCUGAACACUCAGGGCUCCUCUGCAGUGGCAAAAUCAUCUUGACCUGUAUCAACGGCCACUUCUUCAGAGAACAAAGACACCCCUGAACCCACCACAAUGGCCUUUGGGUGCUCUGGAGAUGGCCAAUGACUGAUGUUUGGGGAGCUCUGUUUCUAAUGUUUGAGUGGAAGAUUUUUUUCCCCUCCUUAUAGCAAAUGUAACAAGCGAAAGUAUUGCCUGAAAAGUAUUACUGAACAUAUGUCUUCUAUUUUAUUUACUAAUAUUUUGUUUGUCCUUUUCUCUCCUCCCUUAAUUUAAUUAUGGUUCUUUUCUUACAAUGAUGUAUAUAGUUUACCCAGUAGGAACAGAUAUAAUGAUUCAUUUAUACAGGAAAAUUUGUAACAGUUUAGUCAAAAGAGAUACACCUAACAGAGGUAAGUAUUGUUACUAAACAUUUCACUAAUGCUUGCAGGCCAGGCGCCAGUUUACAGUACCUACUAGUGCCAUUUUAUAGCAGUUCUCCCCUUGGCUGUGAGUAUCUCCAGCUCUCACUUACUCUCCAUGUUAGUUUCAGUUAGGAAACAGGGAUCUGGAGGAAUCUGGCAGGUUUAUCUCAUUCCUGGAAGUGUCACCAUGCAGCUCAUGGUAAGGGUGAGGAGGUUCCACUGUCUCUGUUCUAGCUGGUGUAUGGGCCAGAGAAGGGGCAGGUUGUUUAAAUGAUGUGAUGUUUAUUAUUUUUGCAGACUUCUCAGGGAUUCUUACCCCACUCCUGCUUUAUCUAACCUGAGCUCAGUGCUGCCUGGCAUUAACACGUACCUUUGUGGUCUUAAAUGGUGCCUACUCCUACUGGUUUUAUCCUCUUGUAACCCCAGAGAACUGGGGCAGAGGAACUCAGAGCUCACACAAAUGUGCUGUCUCCUCUCCAGCAAUCCUCUGCCAUGUAAGUGUCCCAGGGUAAGUGCCUUCACCUCUAUGGUAUUGCUCAGGCUGGUGGUUUUUGCAGUUUCUUACCACCUCUUUUCAUCUAUUUCUUGAUAUUUGUUCUUCACAGUUCCUUUGGAUUCCCUUCCUCUGCCUUUAAAGUAAGAUCAGCUGUAGGACUCACUUCACUCUCCUCUUUCCUGUAUGUUCUGUGCUUGCAGAGGCUGAACUAGAUAAUCUAAAGGAAACUUUUUUCACAAGGAAAAGUAGUUGAUACAGGUUUGUCUGGAAUCUCUCAGUAUCCUUCCCUGAAUGAGAGAAGCUUUUUCAUCUACUGAUUUUUCAAUAGUGGUAUCUGGAGCAAAACGAAGGUUGGUGACUGACUAUGUGAAUCUUACCUCCCUCCUAGUUCUUUCUUAGUGAGGUUCUUCCUGGUUAUCCUCCCAAGAAAGGGCUCUUAACCAGGAUGCUGGCCCCAAACCAUCUACUCAGGGUAUCAAGGAAGGUCAGAGAAAAAUCUAAAGUCUGAGUAACAGUCUCAAACAAAACCACUGAAUGCUGAAGAUGGAUACCUUUAGGUCUGCCUGCAGCCAUGAACUUUCUCUGCUGAAAACAUCCCACUAAUCCAAACCCUACUCCUCAGCUGACCUGCUUGGCAAAGGCCCAGGAUAACCCAGAGCAUCCAGGCACUUCUCUCCUUGUAUUUAUACUCUCAUAUACAUAGGAAUGUUUGCAAGCCUGUAACUAGCCAGUCAUCAGUUUGUGAGUUGUCUUCUCAAUGAUCCUUCAUGUUGAGUGUUGGCACUGCCCUAUCAUGUCCUACCUGCUUUACACAUUUGGUCUGGCCCUGUCAGGAUGUGGUUUCAGGUCAAUGGUCUCUGGCUCACACCAGCACCAACUGGACACCACCAGGAAAUGUGUGCAGGGAAACAUCACUAGCAAGUAACUACACAAGGUUAAAGCAUUAUUGGUUUUCCUGAACACAGGAGACAGAUGGGAUCUGUAUCCCACUCAGAGAUCAGCCAAUGAUUUUUCUCUUGCCAUAAAGUGAAAAUACAAAAGGUAGCAAUAGCUUGUUUGUCCCUUCCUGCAAACAGUAAUGGCCAUACCCUGGGAAUCAUUUUCCUGCUUUUAUACUACAUUACAAGGAUACAGAAUUUUGCCAAAGAAUAACACCAGCAUCAUCUUACACAUGUAAACUGCAGGGAGGGCUCUGGGUUCAACCCCAUCAGGAGUCAGCUGCUGUAUAGGUGACCAUGCAAGUGUUGAGCCCAAGUCCUGGCUUGUUUGUUUGAUGUAUGUUGUUUCAUACUAUGCUAUCAUAGAAAGCUUGCUGGCCUGAGUCAUGUGGUCCCCAAGCAAAUAUGAUUCCAUAGGGCCAUGGUUACAGGAAGAGUAGUGUGGCAUGUGCUGAGUAGUGUCCCCUUGUCCUGCCCAGCAAUCCUGUGCCACAACAGCCAGCACAUCCUAAUUACUCAAUUCAUAUUCCCUUAGACCUUGAGUUGUCAAAGCAGUUAAGGAAAACUGGGAAAACCCAGUAACCUGGGACUUAAAUAUAAACUAAGGGUCAUGUAAUACCCAAAACACUAUGGAAUGUCUGUCUGCCAUGUUCCUGUCUGUCUGAAGAAUGUAUGCACUGAAAACAACGCUUCCUUAUGUAGUCAAAAAGUGUACUGUAUCUAUUAACCAAAAAAAUAAAAAGAUUCUAUAUUUAUACAG